UCUCGAGGGCUGGCUUACUGAAUGGGUUUGUGACUUAAGUACAACUACGCUCAUUUAGUAGUGAGAUUUAGACAGUGACACUUCGCUGCGAUUUCUACGUUAUAAUAUACCCAGCUGUUGACAAUAUUUAGAUCCAGGAAUGCAGCAGGUGUGAUUUUAUGAAGCGCCAUUCCUUCAUUAAAUAAUUAAUUGACAAACGUGAACGAAGACGCCGACAUAUCCACACCAAAAAGUUUCAGCUAUAAUGGAAAACGUGGAUUUAGACAGCCGUUUUCAAGUUUUAGGAUAUGAACAAGUUGUGCGACUAAAUGAAGUCUUAGAAGAUGUGGUUCCUAUUCACGGCCGCGGAAAUUUUCCAACAUUAGAAUUAAAACUAAAAGACUUGGUUAAAAUUUUACGGGAUAAGUUGAAAAGUGAAGGAAUUGUUAUUCGUGAUGUUCGAUUAAAUGGAGGGGCAGCUUGUUACAUUCUCGGCACAGAAAAAAUCCAAGCUUAUAAAGAUUUAGAUUUGAUUUUCGGUGUUGAACUAUCGAAUCAUAAUGAGUUGCAGAAAAUCAAGAACUGUGUUCUGGAAUGUCUCAUAGACUUCUUACCAGACGGUGUGAAUAAAGAAAAAAUGACUAGUUGCAGUUUAAAGGAAGCAUAUGUUCAGAAAAUGGUUAAAGUUUGCAACGAACACGGCGAUAGAUGGAGUUUAAUUUCUUUACUCAAUAACAAGGGACGAAAUAUUGAACUGAAGUUUGUCGGUAAAAUGAAACGUCAAUUCGAAUUCAGCGUUGAUUCGUUUCAAAUUAUUCUUGAUAGCUUGUUAACAUUUUAUGGUAUAUCUGACAAAGCUAUGCUUAGUGAACAUUUUUAUCCUACAAUUGUUGCUGAAAGUCUGUACGGGGAUUUCUGUGAAGCAUGGUCUCACUUAAUUAAAAAGAAGAUAGCGACACGUUGUCCAGAGGAGAUCCGCGGUGGAGGUUUGUUAAAAUAUUGUCACCUGAUUGUCCGUCACUAUACUGCAGCUGAUGAUGUAGACGUAAGGACAAUGGAAAGGUAUAUGUGUUCACGGUUUUUCAUUGAUUUCGGUGAUAUACUUCAACAGAGACAGAAGCUUAGUGCUUAUCUUGAAAGCCAUUUUAUUGGCGAAGAGGAGCUAAAAUAUGAGUAUUUGACAACAUUAUAUCGAGUUGUUGAUGAGAGUACAAUCUGCUUAAUGGGCCAUGAAAGAAGACAAACACUUAAUUUAAUACAUCAAUUGGCUUAUCAGGUGUAUAUGGAAGAGGAACAAAAGGCUCAGGCUCAAGCUAAAUGUAUUGAACUUGCCCAAUUGGAUCAAUUAAAUAAUCUGGUAAUUGAUCAAGUGUUUUAUGGUCCCUUCACACCAACACCCUCAUCAGGAAGUCAAUACAUUAAUACCUAUUCAAAUACCUACAUGCCUUCUGUGUAUCAGGGCCCACCUUCCCCAUCAUGUCCAUACUGUCCGCAGUAUCUUCCGUGCUCCUAACUGAACUGACACCCUCGAAGAUUAUAUUUUUUUGUGAUGAGGGACCAGACAAUUUAUUCCAAAUUUCUGUGAUCAUCAAAACAUUCUUGAUUGAUUCAGGAUGUGUACACUUAUUUAAGUAUGCAGAUUAUCACUGAGUAUGGUAUUUGCAUAAUUUGUGUCAGGACCAACUGUCAGUAUGUGUCAAUGAAAAUGUAUUGGAUUUGUGUGAUUCAGUAAAAAGGAAUACACAGUUAAAAUGCACUUAUUAUAAUUCCAAAACAUGGUUCAAAUGGUUGAAACAUAUGGAUGUAUCCUUAUUUCUGUAGUCGGAUGUAAAAGAGCUUUUGUGUGAUUAAAUAUGGAAAGCUGUAAUUGCUCAGUCAUACACGUGUACAACUAUAUAAUGUGCUAUAAUAUUUUUCAUUUUCUGUACAGCUAUAUUAUUAUUAUUUUUAGUGAAAAUAUAUAUAUAUACAUAUGUAUGUAUAUAGCCUAUUUGUUUUAAUUUCUAUUAGAAACCAAACUGUGUUUCAAUGAAUUAAUUGUAAUGUGGAACAUAAAGUAUUAUUAUUUGUAUGUCUGCACUUCAGGGUUUCACCGGGGCUCCUUUCCAAUAAUGAUAUGAUCGUGAAUUUUCUUAAAGGUUUUAAAGGUUACAUAAAUUUUUCUUGGAGCUCUCCUCUUUCCUUGAAUAUGUUUUAUUUGGAAUGGGAAGCUUUACAUGUAUACAUGGUUGUACAUUUUCACUUGUACCUGAACAUGCACAUAUGCAAUUGGAAGUAUGUUGACCACCCUUUUGUCAAAGAAAAACAAAUCCUUAUAAAAAUGACAGAAUUAUCUCUUUCAUUUUAAAUCUAUAGAUGUACAUGUAUGGGAGGCUAAAGCUUUUUAUUUGUUCAUUUGCAGUUGGCAAGCUUGACAACAUUUGCAGAAUUUAGGGAAUUUUUUGUUUAUAUUUAACGUUCCUUAAGUAAAUGUGGUAAUAAAUAUAAUAUUAUUAUUUAAAAUAACUUGUAUGCAAGAAUCAAUUUUCCUUUAAUUACUUCUUAAACAUGACCUGGAAAAAUAAAAAGUGGAUUUCAACAAUUUUGAUCGAAAAGAUACAUGUACCUUUUGGAAUGACACUGAUUUUCCUUGAAUAAGCUCACCUAUAUUUAUGUACAUGUACAGUGAAAAGUGCAUUAGCUUAAAUUUUUAUUUAAAAAGCUUCUCCACCAUAAUCAUCUUUGGAAUGUAUGGUUGGUGUUUAUACUACCCUACUAUUCAAAUUGUGGUUACUGUGUUUACCGUAAGCGUAGUCAUGACAUUUUCUUCUGUUUUUCUAGAUGACAUUGUGCCUUUAACAUAACAGUGAUGGAAGUCAUUAGAUUAAAUAAAAAGUAAAUACACUUACAUGUAUAACUUUGUUCAUAAAAAUGCGACCUUUUUUUUUUUUUAAAGCCAUGCACAUAUUGUUGUUAAUGAAGUUUUAUUUUAAAACCCCCAAAAAUAAAAUUCCAGAUUGUGUUCUAAAAACGUGUCAGAAAAACAGUUUAAUUUCAUAUUUAUUGUUCAAUUCAGAUGUGAAGUGAUAGAUUUUAAAGAGAAACAUGUGUAUAGUACAUGUAUAUAGAUUUAUCUCUUACUGGACAUGACAGUUUAACAUUAGUGAUAUACAUGUACUUUAAAUACAUUAUAUCUUAUCUAGUGGUUAAGGAUGUUAUGGCUUUGUCUUCAUGACUCAAUGUUGACAGUUUGGUUUUUUCAGCUUUAUAUAUUAUACUGUAUAAGUUCUCAUUAAAAGCGCACAAAGAUAAUCUUCCUUGGUUGAUACAGAAUUUUGAUUAUUUUAUUAUGCACUCAGUGGUCAUUUACACUUAUUAAAUAAUGCCUUGAUUUAAUUCAUAGUUGUAUUAAAUUGCAUCUUUUAGUACAUGUAACAGAUGUGCAUAAGAGUGCGUAUGUGAAGUUAACAUUGAAUUACAUAUUGAUCUCUUCACAAUGUUUGAUUUACAUUUGAAAAAAACACCAGAACAGUAAUGGAUUGUAUACCUGUAUUGUACGUGACAAUUUUCUUUAUUUCGCAUUUAAAAUACAAAUCAUAAACUCAAUGUUCUCAAAUUCUCCAGUGUAUUGUUCAUCUUGGUAACCAUCAACAUUUUUGAUAUAUCACAAUAAAUUGUUCAGUUCAACUUGAAAGUAACAAAACGCUUUGAAAACAUUGGCAACUUAAUAUUCAAAAAUUAGAUAACAAUUCUGAAUGUUUUUCAAGUAAAUACCUCAAUAGAAAAAUGAAUUGAAAUGAAAUGAACUAUAUUUGAAAAUGCACGUAGAAUCCAAUAUUCGGUAAUAUUCAUAGCUUUUAUGUGUUUGGUGCAAUACAUGUACAUGUAUAUUCUGAGUGUCUCCAAGUAAAAAAAAAAAUGGCAGCAUGCAUGUAAAAUAAUAUCUUGCUUUACAUGUAAUUGUAAUUAUAUGUGUUAAAGCAUACAUGUUAAUCAAUGAACAUAAACUUUUAUUUUAUGAAAUACAUAUGUUAUAUAUUAUGAGGUCUGUCAUAAAAAUGGUGAAUUCCACCCUGUGGCACAGAUUAUUUUAGAAGAGCUACAAAUAUAUAUUUAAAGAUAAUGAAAAACAGAGGCUGGACCUUUGAAUUUAUUUGAAAGAUGUGCUAUACUAAUUACAUGUAUUUGUAUGAAAUGUUAGUUUAUAGCUAUUAUACUAGUGAAAGUACAAUAUACAUGUAUGAAGUACUAGUUGAAUAUGACUGAAGGCUAUGGUUGAUUUAAUUGUUGAAGAAUAAUUUUCAGUCCUCACAAUGCUCAAUACAUAUAAAAUAUAAUAAUUGUUAUCUAGUGCUUGUAAAGUGUUAAUUUGAUCAGAUCUUUCAACUAACUAAAAAAUUCAUUAAUAUAUAUAUAUAUAUUUAUAUAUAUAUAUAUAUAUAUAUAUAUAUAUUAACCCUGUAUGUUAUUCUUCAGGAUUAAAAAAAAUAUAAAGGACCAAAAAUUUUAAAAAAAUAUAUGUGCAUGUAUCAUAUUGAUAUAUACAUUAUGUAGCCUACUUUAAAAUUUGUCAAUUUUUUCUCUGUUUGUGUACUAUUAAUAAAGUGUUCUAUCCAGGGUCCUGUUUGUAAUCUGUUGACAUAACUAACCACCAGACCUUAAAUGUGGUCCUGGUUAUUUUUAUAUAAUCAUAUAAUACAUGUUACUCAAUGCAAAUACAUUUUCGCCAAACAGCAUUGAUAUACACAAAUUUAGUAAUUUUUGUCUUUUUUUCUAUAUAAGUUAAAGAUGAGUGUAAAAAAACUGUAUAUUGUAUGAGGUUUAAAACUGCUGCUCUCCAAUACCAGCUAGAUCUUUUGUAUAUUUGAUGAUAAUAAUGGAAUAAGAAGAGCUGUAUGCUAUGUAUAUUGUUAUUGUAUAUUAUUGAGGAUAACUGGUCUGGUAUAAAAUAUUGGAAUAUACAAUUUGUUAUUCCCUCUAGAAUAUUUCCCAUUCUAGGAUAGUAGGGAUAUUUACAUUUCUAUAGUUCAGAAAAUACACCUACAUUGUAUAAACCAUAGUGUGUAUUCCCUUUAACUAACUUAUCUACUGUAUAACUCAUGCUUUAUAAUAAAUUUCAAAAGUGUGUAUAAUCUUGGCAUGAUUUACAUAUUAUGAGCCAUUUGAGAGGGAAAAUAUCUUGACUAUGGGAAGGUGGAAUUACUCAAUGCCCUAAUAUCAUGAUUGGGUCUUCAUAUAAUACAAUUCACAGUUCAUAAUAUUAUUUUUAAUGUAAAAAAAGAAUUGCUGUAAGAAAUGCAUGCUACAUGUAAGAAGUACUCCUAGAUACUGUUAGGUUUUUCUUUAGAAUUCCAGCUGUAUACAUUGUGCUUAUAAUUCUUUUUACUGUAUUUCUGGGUUAAGUGCCAACAUGAUCUAUUUCUGAUAAACAGUAUACUGUUGACAUGGCUAAUUUGACCUGUGUCAUACAACCUAUGUUUAUAUAGUGGAGUUGUGUUGACAUAUAAUACAAAUUAAAAUUCCUCUACAUUACAGUCAGAAAUAAUUACAAAGUAUGUUGAACCCAUCAAAUAUUCCCCAUUUAAAUAUCCAUAUAUUAUUUGAUGUUUUAAAUAAUUGCAUGUUUUUUUCAUACACAGUAGGCUUAAGGACAUGUAAUAUGAAUUACCAGAUUAGGAUUAGGUCUAGUCUUGUAUCAAAGCAAACUUCACCUUCAGUGAUAUUUGAUUGCCCAGUUGUUGAGAAUGGUCACACAAACAUUGUUUGUUAUUCAUUGAUUUAUGUUGUUGUAAAUAACUUUUACACAUGCAAAGUUGAUUCCUAUCUUUAUAUGGUACAUGUAGAUAUGUUUGUUGUAGAAUUCUGAAUGCAGUGCUUGUCUUACGGUCACUAAAUAAAAUCCAAAUGCUAACAUCAAGCUUAUACAUGUAGGAGAUUUCUUUCCUACAUAAACAUGGGAUGUGUUUGCGGAUAUCCAUAUGGAUAACUUUCAAAAUAUUAAUCUGAAAGGGAAAGCAUAUUGUAAUAGUGAUAGUUACUGGCCUACAUUUAUAUGAGGGGUGGGGUGGGCACUAAAUUUGAAAUCUAAUAAGAUGUAUGAAAUACAUGUAGGAGGGGUAGGAGAAGCAAAAUGCUUUUGGGAAGUUGGAAGAUAAAACCCCAACAGAAUUAUGUAUCAAAGUGAAUGGCCUUGCACUAAAUUUGUCACAGGUGUGAUUAAAGAUAACUGAACUUUACAUGUUAAAAGUACUCUACUGCUCAUGAUAGUAUUGAAAGUAACUGUGAAAUAAAAUCUGUGAUUAUAUUACAUGUAUAUAGUAAAUAAAUCUGUAGAUAGGUAAAUAGACAGCAAAAUAUAUAGUAGAACUUACACGCCUAAUUAUAUCAAAAUUGUCUACCUGCGUGCACCUGAAAAAAAUGUUUAAUUCGAUAGUCCCAUGAUAAAUGUAUUUAAGGAAGAUGAUUAUUAUCUGUACAUGUAUAAUAUAUACAGGGUAAAUUGUUGAACCUGCUAUUUAUUUGACAUUCUAGAUUGCAUGUUGUAAAUAUAGAAAAAACUUUCUCGACUGAAUUAAUUGAGAUAUGUACUUGGCACAUGUACAUGUUAUAUCAAGCUGAAAUCAUUUAUUUGAUUUGUGAUUAAUAAAGUGUAUAAUGUUAUGAAUAAUAAUGUACAGUUAAAACUGACAUAAUGACCAUUUCAUUAAUCUGCUGUUAAUAUAUACAAGUGCCUCUGCUUCUCUAAUAUCAAAAAAAAUAAAUGUUGGUUUCGACCAUAACAUCUUCAACAAUAUGUCCCAAAAUGUUUCAUUUUUUAAAUAUUUGUUGAAAAAAUAUUUUAAUUUCAUUUUGGUUUUAUGUCACUAUUUCGAUGCUUAUAUUAUUGUUUGUUAUGAAUGAAAAGGCUUAUGUUAAACUGAUUGUUGAGAUAUAUAUAUAUAUAUAUAUAUAUCGAGAUAUAGAUAGAUAAAUAUAUAUCAAAUGUAUAUGUGUGUGUAUAUGAGUUGUGUUACUAUAUGCUUUCUCUGUAUAAUGCAAUUAUCACUGGAAUCUCGACUACAAAGUCCAAUGUACUCAACAGCGAGCAAAUAAAAGAACCUUGGAUAGUUUUAUUCACUGAAAGUAGGUGGAAACACCAGCAUGACACUCCUGACCAUAGAAUUCAAAAUGGCCAUAUGUUAGUCUGGAAAUGACCAAAGUCUUGUGUUGACAGAUGGUUGACUCCAUUCCUUUCAUUUCCUUCACAAUUAUUCAAAAUAAUUUGAAAAUAUAGACUGUUUACAUGGAAGAUGAUGUAUGCCAUAUCUUAAGGACAAAAUAAAUGGUCAAGUAGCCGAGUUUCUGUAGUCUCCUCUUCAUGUAUAUGGAGACAUUUAUGUAAGCCAUAGACAGAGAAAGUAUUGGUAAGCAGUGUGAAAGAUUGAAACAUUGUUAAAAAUGUUCAAUAAUGUACAUACUACAAACCAUGUAAUAAAUUAAAAAGUAUAUGUAUAAUAUAUAUGUUAAAAGGGGAAAAAAAACCACUAAUAAAAA